AUGUUCAAUAAUUUGCUGAGAUCAUCGAUUAGAAAAAAAUAUCAUCGUCUUUUUUGUCAAAGAUCUAUCUAUCUAUCUAUCUAUCUAUCUAUCUAUCUAUCUAUCUAUCUAUCUAUCUAUCUAUCCCACUCUGUUCAUGAUCUAUCUAUCUAUCUAUCUAUCUAUCCCACUCUUAAAAACAUCUAUCUAUCUAGUUGUUUCCUUUUUUAUUUCUUUUUAUUUAAUUCUGUUUCUCUCUGUCUAUAUCUGAUCUCAGACAGAUUAUCUAACUGUUUUCUUCUUUAUUUAUUUUUAUAUCUUUCUGCUUCUCUCUUUCUCUGCCUUCCUCUCUCUAUCUCCGAAAGAUUGACUAUCUAUCUAUCUAUCUAUCUAUCUAUCUAUCUAUCUAUCUAUCUAUCUAUCUUAUUUCUUUUAAUAUCUUUCUGUUUCUGUUUCUCUCUCUCUAUAUAUGCUCCUCUCUAUCUAAGACAAUCUAUCUAUCUAUCUAUCUAUCUAUCUAUCUUAUUUCUUUUAAUAUCUUUCUGUUUUAUUUCUUUUAUAUAUAUUUCUGUUUCUAUCUAUUAUCUAUCUAUCUUAUUUCUUUUAAUAUCUUUCUGUUUCUGUUUCUCUCUCUAUAUAUAUGCUCCUCUCUAUCUAAGACAAUCUAUCUAUCUAUCUAUCUAUCUAUCUAUCUAUCUAUCUAUCUAUCUAUCUAAGCAACAAUCAUGUCUUCAUCACUUUCUAUCUAUCUAUAUUUCUUCAUAUCUAAAUAUCUACGCGAGGCUAUUCCUGUCUUUUUCUCUCUCUCUCUAUCUAUCUAUGUCAUUCUACUCUUAUCUAUCUAUCUAUCUAUCUAUCUAUCUAUCUAUCUACGUCAUUCUAAUUCUAUCUAUCUAUUUAUCUAUCUAUCUAUGCUAUUCUGUUCCUAUCUACGUCAUUCUAAUUCUAUCUAUCUAUCUAUCUAUCUAUGCUAUUCUGUUCCUAUCUAUCUACGUCAUUCUAAUUCUAUCUAUCUAUCUAUCUAUCUAUCUAUCUAUCUAUCUAUCUAUCUAUCUAUCUCUGUCAUUCUAUUCCUAUCUAUCUAUCUAUCUAUCUAUCUUUGCUAUUCUAUGCUAUUCUAUUCCUAUCUAUCUACGUCAUUCCACUCCUAUCUAUCUAUCUAUCUAUCUAUCUAUCUAUCUAUCUAUCUAUCUAUGCUAUUCUAUUCCUAUCUAUCUACGUCAUUCCACUCCUAUCUAUCUAUCUAUCUAUCUAUCUAUCUAUCUAUCUAUCUAUCUAUCUAUCUGA